UAAAGAAGUGAAGACCAAAUAUGCACUUUGACAUGGAUGUGACCUGUUAACAACAACAACACCAACCUGGCCAAAUGUGUGGAAUGUCGCUGAUUUCCUCCCCACAUGUUCUUCACCCGAACAACUGUAGGCUAAUAAAUUUCAGUCUCUAUCGCCCGAGUCAUGAGUCUUAUUUGCUCUUCUCACUUGUCUGAUGAUUUAAACUCUCACUUUCUGUACAUGUUUAUGAGUUAUACACAGUUCAUAAGUAGUUAGAGAGAAUCUGUUUGUUGAGUCAGGGGUCAGUUGUUUUUCAUCCUUGAUGCCCAGGAGGUCACCUUAUCCUUUACAUAAUAGUUUUCUAAUGAAGACACAAUCCCCAGAUAGAUAACAUUUACAACUACUGCCAUAUUCCUCUGGGUCAAUACCACUUCCCUCUAGAUAACACACACACACACAUUUGUUUGUUCUACACCAAUAUUAAAAUGUCUUCCUGAGAAUCAUUUUCAUGACCACAUCAGCCGGAACACUUUAUAUCUGUGUAGACACAGUAAUGUGGAGCAGGCUCUCUGACCAGCAGUUAAAGCAAUGAACGUCACAGAUUCUGAGGUGUGCUGCGCCUUCAAGUCUCCCACUCUGGACCGGGUUUUGCCUCCAAUAUUGGUUCUCGAGUUCAUGUUUGGACUGACAGGGAACUUUAUUGCACUGUCAAUGUUUAUCUUCUACAUGGACGAGUGGAAACCCAACUCUGUGUACCUGACCCAUCUGGCUGUGGCUGAUUCUAUAGUGCUGUUUUGCCUGCCUUUCAGGGCAGACUACUACAGACGUGGGAAGGACUGGCUGUACGGUGAUGUCUUCUGUCGUAUCCUCCUCUUCUUGCUGGCAGCCAACCGUGCAGCAGGGAUCUUUUUCCUCACGGCCGUUGCCGUUGAUCGAUACUUCAAAAUCGUUCACCCGAUGAACCGCAUCAACCGCUUGGGUCUGGGCUACGCUUUCUGGGUCUCCCUCGGACUCUGGGGUCUGAUUUUUUUUGCCACUGGAUACCUUCUCUCCGAGAAACAUUUCUUUCACAACAACAAUCGUACGCAGUGCGAGAGUUUUAACAUCUGCAUGGGCUUUAAGCCCCUCUCAACCUGGCACAAUGCUUUCUAUGUCAUUCAGUUCUUCCUGCCCACUGCCAUCGUGGCCUUCUGCACCAUCAGGAUCACCUGGCAGCUGAAAACCAGGACCGUGGACAAGAGGGGAAAAAUAAAACGAGCCGUCCAGUUUGUCUUGGCUGUGGCUUUGAUCUUCAUCAUAUGUUUCUUUCCCAGCACCAUAUCACGCAUCGCAGUAUGGGUCCUCAAGGCAUGGUAUGACGAAUGUAAGUACUUUGAGGAGGCCAACUUGGCUUUCUACACCUCAGUGUGUUUCACCUACUUCAACAGCGUCCUCAACCCUGUGGUGUAUUACUUUUCCAGCCCUGCCUUCAGUGGCUUCUUCGACAAAAUUAUUAAUAAAGUGCUUAGACGUAAUGGCGGAAUAACUCAGAGUGAUUCUGCAGAACAGGACAUUUCCACUGUUGAGGGCAGAAGGUUAUAAAUGGGUGAUCUCUGUUCAUAUAAAUCAAAGCCCUGGCUGCUCUAAGGAAUAAACACUUUGUUUUUGAUGAAGAUUCUCCCCUGAACUGUGUAUGAAUUGUAGGCAAAGAGCUGUUAUUUUUACAUUACCCAAACAAUUAUUCACUAGUGGUCUAUAUUUGUCCAAGAUGAAAACCUUUGUGAGUGUGUUUGCACUGUGUAAAUAAGCAAAUUAGGAGGCAAUAC